AUAAGAUUUUCACGACAGCCCAAAAUUUGCUUGUAGCAUUAAGAAAAUAAAUGUUUGAAUACUGCAUCAUAGAUAAAAACGCAACGUGUGUCACAUUCGAAAAUCUGCUUUGACGCCUCGAAGAUCAAAGGCAUCCUGAGAAUGGUUCUGCUACUAUCCAACGUCACGGGUCCUUCUUUAUAUAUUCCAUAUGUAUUUUCCAUACAACUACGGUAAUAAAAAAAAGGAACCUUUAUAUAACUAUAUCAAUAUAUCAAGACAAAACAUGAACUCUGAAAAUUAUUCAAAUCUAACGUCGACAAUCUCGCCUCGGACAAAACUCAUUUCCGAUGACCUUGCUCAGUUGUUCUUCGUGGUUAACUUUGUCGUAAUCUGCGGUCUCGUUUCGGUGUUCGGCGUAACCGCCAACAUCCUCAACGUCAUCGUGUUUCUGAGGCAGGGCUUUAAAGACCGGGUCAACAUCAGUCUAUUCGCGCUGACCGUCUCCGACCUGUGCUCCCUGAUCGCGCUACUGUGGAUCACGAUCUGCUUCAACCCGCUGUUUAAAUUUUCAGACAUCCCGUUCAUGUCGACGGAAGUCCACUACCUCACCGGAAGCUGGCCUCGUUUUCUCUUCACGCGCGUGACGGGUUGGAUCACGGCGUUCAUCACGUUCGAGCGCUGUGUUUGCGUCGCCGCGCCGCUGAAAGUCAAAACCAUCAUCACAAGAAGACGGGUCACGGUGUGCAUGGCUGGUAUCGUCGUACUGGUGUCCGCCAGCGUGGCGCCCACCUACUACACCAGCAGAUUCGGCUGGAAGUAUUUUCCCGCAAGAAACCGAACCCUUCUCGGGUUGGUGUUCACCGCUGAUCGCGAAGAAAUCGACAGCGUGUCCUUCAUUUACAACAACGUCAUUUCCGCCCUGGCCUCGUUCGUCGCCGUCCUGGUGUGUACAGUGGUUCUCGUGGUCAAACUCAACCAGAAACAAAACUGGCGGGAGAAAUCCGUUCAGGUUUCCAGACAGCAAAAUCAAGAGGGGACCGUCUCGGCGAGAGAAAAGAAGGUCGGGAAAAUGGUGACGGUAAUCUCUGUGAUAUUUAUCGUCAGCUUCAUGCCGAAUUGUUUCAUGUCGGUGAUAAUUGCGGAGGAGCGUGAUUUUACGGUAACUGGACUGCAGGUGAAUGUUGUCCAGGUUUUUUUCUCCUUCACGUGGAUUCUGGAGGCUCUUAACGGGAGUGUCAACAUCUUCGUCUACUACCGGAUGAGCACGAGGUACAGGAAUGCUCUAAUCAGUUUGCUACAACCGAGCCCCGGUGAUCGGGAUAAGAAGCGCGAUGACUUAAAUUACGAGGAAACCGUCGAUUCUCAAUGAUUACUAUAUGAUUAUUGGCGCCCCCCUUUUCCCAUUUUUGAAAUACACUCCGAAAGUGCCCCA